CCGAGCCGGAGGGAGGCAAGGGGCCGCCAGCGCUGCUGUCCCCGCCCCGCGCGCCCUGCGCCCCACUUCCCGGGCGGCCGCUCGGCAGCUCAGCACUCCUGCCUCCUCCGGCGCUGUCCGGGACUCGCCGUGAAGCGAGUGACGGGCAAGUUUCGGCGUGCGAAGGCGGCGGCGGCGGCGGGCCGCGGACACCGUGCGCUCCGGGAGGGGUGGCCGCGGCUCCGGCCUCGGCGCUCCGCGCGCACUCCGGCGAUGUCUUCUCCGCCGCGGCGGCGGCUACGCCUUCGCCCUCGCCGCCUCCUGUUCCUUCUUCCCGGAUUCCUGCUGCCUCUUUGCGGCGCCUUCAACCUCGACGUGGACAGUCCUGCCGAAUACUCCGGCCCCGAAGGAAGUUACUUCGGCUUCGCGGUGGAUUUCUUCGUGCCCAGCGCGUCUUCCAGGAUGUUUCUUCUGGUAGGAGCACCCAAAGCAAACACUACCCAGCCUGGGAUUGUGGAAGGAGGACAAGUCCUCAAGUGUGACUGGUCUUCUCAACGCGGGUGCCAGCCAAUCGAAUUUGAUGCAACAGGCAAUAGAGAUUAUGCCAAGGAUGAUCCAUUGGAGUUUAAGUCUCACCAGUGGUUUGGAGCAUCUGUGAGAUCAAAACAGGAUAAAAUUCUGGCCUGUGCCCCGUUGUACCACUGGAGGACUGAAAUGAAACAGGAGAGAGAGCCUGUUGGAACAUGCUUUCUUCAGGAUGGAACAAAGACUGUGGAGUAUGCUCCAUGCAGAUCAAGUCAGCUUAUUUCGGAUCAAGUGGCAGAAAUCGUUUCUAAAUAUGACCCCAAAGUUUAUAGCAUCAAGUAUAAUAACCAGUUAGCAACUCGGACUGCUCAAGCUAUUUUUGAUGACAGUUAUUUGGGUUAUUCUGUGGCUGUCGGAGAUUUUAAUGGUGAUGGCAUAGAUGACUUUGUUUCAGGUGUUCCAAGAGCAGCGAGGACUUUGGGAAUGGUUUAUAUUUAUGAUGGGAAAAACAUGUCCUCCUUACACAAUUUUACUGGUGAGCAGAUGGCUGCAUAUUUUGGAUUUUCUGUCGCUGCCACUGACAUUAAUGGGGAUGAUUACGCAGAUGUGUUUAUUGGAGCACCUCUUUUCAUGGAUCGUGGUUCUGAUGGCAAACUCCAAGAAGUGGGGCAGGUGUCUGUGUCUCUGCAAAGAGCUUCAGGAGACUUCCAGACGACCAAGCUGAAUGGGUUUGAGGUCUUUGCGAGGUUCGGCAGUGCCAUAGCACCUUUGGGAGAUCUGGACCAGGAUGGCUUCAACGAUAUUGCAAUUGCUGCACCAUAUGGGGGUGAAGAUAAAAAAGGAAUUGUUUAUAUUUUCAAUGGAAGAUUAACAGGGUUGAAUGCGGUACCAUCUCAAAUCCUUGAAGGGAAGUGGGCUGCUCGGAGCAUGCCACCAAGCUUUGGCUAUUCAAUGAAAGGAGCCACGGAUAUAGACAGAAAUGGAUAUCCAGACUUAAUUGUAGGAGCUUUUGGUGUAGAUAGAGCUGUAUUAUACAGGGCCAGACCAGUUAUAACUGUAAAUGCUGGCCUUGAAGUAUACCCUAGCAUUUUAAAUCAAGACAAUAAAACCUGCCCACUGCCUGGGACAGACCUCAAAGUUUCCUGUUUUAAUGUCAAGUUCUGCUUAAAGGCAGAUGGCAAAGGAGCACUUCCCACGAAACUUAACUUCCAGGUGGAGCUUCUUUUGGAUAAGCUCAAGCAAAAAGGAGCAAUUCGACGAGCACUAUUUCUCCAUAACCGGUCACCAGGUCACUCUAAGAACAUGACCAUUUCAAGGGGGGGACAAAUGCAGUGUGAGGAACUAAUAGCAUAUCUGCGGGAUGAAUCCGAAUUUAGAGACAAACUCACUCCAAUUACUGUUUUUAUGGAGUAUCGGUUGGAUUACAGAACAGCUGCUGAUGCAACAGGCUUGCAACCCAUUCUUAACCAGUUCACUCCUGCCAACAUUAGUCGACAGGCCCAUAUUCUGCUUGACUGUGGUGAAGACAACGUCUGCAAACCCAAAUUGGAAGUUUCUGUAGAUAGUGAUCAAAAGAAGAUCCAUAUUGGGGACGACAAUCCUCUGACAUUGAUUGUUAAGGCUCAGAAUCAAGGAGAAGGUGCCUAUGAAGCUGAGCUCAUCGUUUCCAUCCCGCCGCAGGCUGAUUUCAUCGGGGUUGUCCGCAAUAGUGAAGCCUUAGCAAGACUUUCCUGUGCAUUUAAGACAGAAAACCAAACCCGCCAGGUGGUAUGUGAUCUUGGAAACCCAAUGAAGGCUGGAACUCAACUCCUAGCUGGUCUUCGUUUCAGUGUGCACCAGCAAUCAGAGAUGGAUACUUCUGUGAAAUUCGAUUUACAGAUCCAAAGCUCCAAUCUCUUUGACAAAGUAAGCCCAGUUGUAUCUUACAGAGUUGACCUUGCUGUCUUAGCUGCUGUCGAGAUAAGAGGAGUCUCAAGUCCUGAUCAUAUCUUUCUUCCAAUUCCAAACUGGGAGCAUAAGGAGAACCCCGAGACUGAAGAAGAUGUCGGGCCCGUUGUCCAGCACAUCUAUGAGCUGAGAAACAACGGUCCAAGUUCAUUCAGCAAGGCAAUGUUAAAUCUUCAGUGGCCUUACAAAUAUAAUAAUAAUACUUUGUUAUAUAUCCUUCAAUAUGAUAUUGAUGGGCCAAUGAACUGCACUUCAGAUAUGGAGAUCAACCCUUUGAGAAUUAAGAUCUCAAAUUCACAAACUGAAAAGAAUGACACAGUUCCUGGGCAAGGUGACCGGAACCAUCUCAUCACCAAGCGAGAUCUCACCCUUAGUGAAGGAGAUAUUCACACUUUGGGUUGUGGAAUUGCUGAGUGCUUGAAGAUUGUCUGUCAGGUUGGGCGACUAGACAGAGGAAAGAGUGCCAUCCUGUAUGUAAAGUCCCUGCUGUGGACUGAGACCUUUAUGAAUAAAGAAAACCAGAAUCAUUCAUACUCUUUGAAGUCAUCUGCUUCUUUUAACGUCAUUGAAUUUCCUUAUAAGAACCUUCCAAUUGAGGAUAUCUUCAACUCCACAGUAGUUACCACUAAUGUCACCUGGGGCAUUCAGCCCGCACCCAUGCCUGUGCCCGUGUGGGUGAUCAUUUUAGCAGUGCUAGCCGGAUUGCUGUUACUGGCUGUUUUGGUAUUUGUAAUGUACAGGAUGGGCUUUUUUAAACGUGUCCGGCCACCUCAAGAAGAACAAGAAAGGGAACAGCUUCAACCUCAUGAAAAUGGUGAAGGAAACUCAGAAACUUAACUGUGAUUUUUAAGUUAUGCUACAUCCUGACCCAUUAGAAUUACCGACUUCAUUACAGGUUUCAGUUUCUUUCGUGAGGAAUAAAAUUCCAAGACUCUACUGCUGAUGGUGCCCAUUGGUAUUAACCACAAAACGAGAGCAAUAUUUGUCAACCUUUUUGUAAUAAUUAAGUUCAAACGUACGUGUAAUACACACCCACUGACUUGUGUUUUUAGGUAUUUAAAUAAUAAAAUUUCAAGUGAUGGUUCUUCAAUGUACAUAAGACAGGUACUGCCUAAGUUACCACUUUAUAUAAAAUAGUACCUCCUAGAAUUAUUGUUUCUGAUUUUGUAUGUUGAUUUUGUUUGUUGUUGCUUUUGUUGUUUUAAAGCAAUCCAUAUCUGGACCUUAGGAUCCACAUCGUUUGUACAGGAACUUAUUGUUAAUAUACAUUACACUACAGUUGAAUUUUUAAGCUACUAACUUUAUAACUGCAUGAACUUGGAUUUUAAUAUUACCUAUGUGGUAGAACUUUAAAAAAAAAAAGCAUGAUCCAUCCAAAUUCUUUCUUGUAAUAACAAAGAUACAGUAUUUUUAAUAUGAAAAUUGGGUACGUGCUAUUAUAUUUUUAUUUUUGUUUAGUCCACAGUCCAUUUCCUUACAUUUUAAUUUGUAUGUUUAGGUUUUCUUUCAAAUCCUUUAAGCCAACCUAUACUAAAAAUUCUAUGAUCAAAAAUGCCUCUUUUGUGUAGUAGAUAAAUUUCCGCUAAUCAUCAUCAUGCUUAAAGCCAUAUGCAGUUGGGAAUCAUUUCCAAAGUCCACGUAUUCCAUUGUUUUAGUCUGGCUAUUUACAAUACAAAAAAAAGCAUUUAAGUUAAAAGACUGUAGUUCUUUGAUAGAGUUGCUUAUUAGUAGUAUGCUCUUAGAGCAAGAAUUUUUAGUUGGGAUUAAUUUAUUUUCUUCCUAUAUAUGUAUUCUUCCUUAUAUUUCCAAAACUUAACUGAGAAUGGGCUAAGAUCAAUGAGGAAUCUUUACAAAUUACAACCUCCCAACCCCAUGAGAAAUGCUUGGAAUUGAAAUUCUUAAAGUAGCUUGCUGGUCCUUCUAACAAUAGCAUGAUGCUACUCACAUGGAUAUUACCUUAGUUUAAGCAAGGUAUCAUGUGUAAAACCAGUCUCAGCUAUCAAAAUAAUGUAUAAAAGUUCUUUUAUAAGCAAUUCAAGUUAUUGGGAGCCUUUUAAAACUUUUGUAGUUUUAUUAACAUAAAUUACUUUUUUAGGAUUUUUAUAUAAAAACUGCACAGGUGGCACAUUGUAGUUUUAUAUGCCUGUAGGGUGAUGAUUCUUCUAGAGGAAUAUGUGAUUUAUUCACAGUUCCUCAAGGUCUGGGAAUAACUUAAUUAUACCUAUUUUUGUGCAAUUACAUCAUGUUAUGCUUUAGAAAUUGAGAGUUUAGUAGGUUUUUAACUGCUGUCCUCAUUAGGCAGUGAUAAAUAUUUCCCUUAAAUAAUUGAGUAUUUUUCGAUGUUUUAAAAAUAAUUGAAAUUUAUCUUGCCAUGUCUUGUGUUCUAAUUCCUUACACAAGUGGCUAAGCUAGAAUGUAUUCAUAAAACAGAGGAAUGUGAGUUAUAUACGUUAGAACAUGACAAGACCCUGUAUUUAGCUUUAAUGAAUCUCAAAAUUAAUAGGUUUGUAGUAUAGAUUUUACUAGUAGCUUAAAAGAUCUUAGUCAUAAGCAAUAAGUAUUUUUAUUACCAGUAAGUCUAAAGUUUUUUAAGAAAAAAUAUUUUUAUCCUAGGGUCUGCCACCAGUCACUAAGUUGACAACUUUCACUACCUGUUUUCCCACCUAAUAGUAGUCAUCCCUGAAAGUAUAUGUUGGAUAGAAAUUCACUCUUUUAAAAAAAAAUGUUACUGUUUGCUUUUGCACAGUCUGUUCUAAAACUUUUAUGGCCUCUCUCUCAAGGUGUAUAAUCUUGUAUGGGAGACUAAAGGAUGUUGUUGGAAGCAUGAUGUUUUAAGUUCCCUUUUAUGAAAUGUAGUUUUAAGCAGUAAGUAUUUUCUUUUAAAAAAUGAAAAUGUAUAUCUCUACAAAAAUAUGGUAGAAGAAUUAUUUGGAAGCUUACUCUUUGAGGAAAAUGUUUGGGAAAAUGUUGGGAUUCUUUUUACCCUAAAGCAGCAUGUAAAUGUAUUUGGUUAAAAUGUCAAACAGUAGUUCUAUGAAAACUGUUUUAAUUUUCAAACAUUUUAAAUACUACUGUGUUUAUGAUUUAUGGAGAAUUAAAAUCCAUUUUGAGUGUAAAAUUUUAAUAAUCUGAUCAGUUUUUAAAAAUAUGAGUGAGAUAGUAUUUAAAGCAUUUAAUAUUGGUAAGAAAUAUUGAUACUGUUGUCGAUUUCUUAUGUAGGCAUUUAUUUCAGAAUUGAUAUUUUGAGAAACAUUUGUGCGAGGGAUAUUCUUUUUUUUCCCCUUUACCUUUCUCUUGUGAUGAAUUAUUAUUAU